AUGGUGAUCCCAUCUACCUCCGAACCCUCGGCGGCCAUGCCGGUCACAAAUGGUUAUCCUGCCUCCCAUACACCCGAUGAUCACAGCGACGAGCUAGAGCAAGCGGCUAGCGACAGUGCGAGCAACGCGUCAGACUCCGAUGACAAUCACGCCGCAUCUGAUUCCCCCUCGGAUGCAGAUGGCGCCGACGAAUCCUUUGAUGCGGGUUCGCCGGAUGCAGAGGGUGAAGAGGAUGACUCUGCGAUGGAGGAUGAUGCGAAUGCGAACAGCCCGUCCAAUGCUGAAAAUUCUUCCUCGUCGGAAUCACACCGGGGGACGAAGCGCAAGUCGUCGCCCGUCAACGAGUCAGACUACAUCAGACAAAACCCAGACUUAUAUGGGCUUCGUCGGAGUGGUCGAGCUCGCCUGACACGUCAACCCGCCGCCAGCCUCUCCGAUUCCGACUCCGAUGCCGUGGCACCCCGCGCUAAACGUCGACGCCCUGCGCCCUCGCAACAGCCCUCCAAGCGCACCUCCCGCUCGGCCACCCAGUCGUCGUUCUCCGAAGAGUCGGACAGUGACGAAUAUGGCGGUAGUCGUGCUCGCACCAGCAAAGCUAAACGACGUCGACAGCUGCAAUCAGCCACGAGUGCUCCGUCUCACGCCGAGGUUCGUUUCUCGACGAGAAACGCGAGUAGGGUCUCGAAUUACAACGAGGAUGAUGAGGACGAUUCCAUGUUUGAAGAUGACCCGGAUGACCUCCCCCAAAGUUACUGGGUCAACCCCGUGGAGGAUGAUCGUCCGGCCGUGGAUAUCGUCCUCAAUCACCGCCUCAAGGAGGGCGAGGACUUGAGUAAUCUGAACCUUGACCGUCACGACUUCGAGUAUUGUAUCAAAUGGCAAGGCAAGUCCCACUAUCACGCGACGUGGGAGACCACCGAGACCCUCGCCAACUGCCGGAGCACCCGUCGUCUUGACAACUACGUCCGGAAGGUCUUGUAUGAAGACCUCCGCCUGAAGCAGAACCCAGAUGUCCCCCCCGAGGAUCGAGAAAAGUGGAAUCUCGAUCGCGAGAGAGACGUAGAAGCGAUUGAAGAUUACAAACAAGUCGAACGCGUCAUCGGUGUGCGUGAAGGCGACGAGGGCUCCGAAUACCUCGUGAAAUGGAAACGACUCUUUUAUGACUCUUGUACCUGGGAGGACGAACAGCUUGUCAGUAAAAUCGCCCAACGAGAGAUAGACCGCUAUUUAGACCGUUCCUCACGCCCACCCAUCUCGGACCGGAUGGAGAUCAACCCGUCCACACGCAAACCAUUUGAGACCAUCAAGGGCACCCCGGACUUUUUGCAAAACGGCGAGUUGAAGGAAUUUCAGGUCAAGGGUGUUAACUUCAUGGCCUUCAAUUGGGUCAAGAACCGCAACGUUGUCUUGGCCGACGAGAUGGGACUGGGGAAAACCGUGCAGACCGUUGCCUUUAUCAACUGGCUACGCCACAUCAGGAAUCAGCAAGGGCCGUUCGUCGUGGUCGUCCCGCUUUCCACCAUGCCGUCGUGGGCGGAAACCUUCGACCAUUGGACCCCUGACUUGAACUAUGUCGUCUACAACGGUAACGAGGCCGCUCGCAACGUCUUGAAGGAGCACGAGCUCAUGGUCGAUGGCAACCCCAAACGACCCAAGUUCAACGUCUUACUCACGACCUACGAGUACAUCCUGCUCGACUCACCCUUCCUAAGUCAGUUCAAGUGGCAGUUCAUGGCCAUUGACGAAGCUCAUCGACUGAAGAACCGGGAUUCUCAGCUGUACAUAAAGCUUCUCGAGUUCCGGGCCCCCGCACGUCUCCUCAUCACUGGCACCCCCAUCCAGAACAACCUGGCUGAACUCUCUGCCCUGUUGGACUUCUUGAACCCUGGCAUGGUCGAUGUCGACGUCGACAUGGACUUGAAUUCCGACCAGGCAUCUGAAAAAUUGGCCCAACUCACCCAAGCCAUUCAGCCAUUCAUGCUGCGCCGAACCAAGUCGAAGGUGGAAUCUGAUCUCCCGCCCAAGGUCGAGAAAAUCAUCCGCGUAGAACUCUCCGACGUUCAAUUGGAGUACUACAAAAAUAUUCUGACCAAGAAUUAUGCCGCUUUGAAUGAUGGCGCCAGAGGACAGAAGCAGUCCUUGCUAAAUAUCAUGAUGGAGCUGAAGAAGGCCAGCAACCACCCGUUCAUGUUCCCCAAUGCCGAGGCCCGGAUAUUGGAAGGCAGUACUCGCCGAGAGGAUGUCCUUCGGGCCAUGAUCACCAGCAGUGGCAAGAUGAUGCUCCUCGACCAGCUUCUCACCAAGCUCAAAACCGAUGGUCACCGUGUUUUGAUCUUCAGUCAGAUGGUCAAGAUGCUGGAUAUCCUGGGAGAUUACAUGGAGUUCCGUGGCUAUUCCUAUCAGCGCCUUGAUGGCACCAUUCCCGCGGCAUCUCGCCGCCUGGCCAUUGAACAUUACAACGCUCCCAAUAGCAGUGACUUUGCCUUUAUCCUGUCCACGCGAGCCGGUGGUCUGGGGAUCAAUCUGAUGACCGCAGACACCGUUGUUCUUUUCGACUCCGAUUGGAACCCACAGGCCGAUCUCCAAGCCAUGGCCAGAGCCCACCGUAUAGGUCAGACGAGGCCAGUCAGCGUGUACCGAUUAGUCUCCAAGGAUACGGUAGAGGAAGAAGUGAUCGAGCGAGCGCGGAAUAAACUUCUACUCGAGUUCAUCACGAUCCAGCGUGGUGUCACCGACAAAGAAGCCUCCGAGAUCCAGAACAAGAUGACUCGCGGUGGUAAAACCAUGGGCGAACCGAACUCCACAGAUGAUAUCUCUCGCAUCCUCAAGCGUCGUGGUCAGAGAAUGUUCGAACAGACCGGAAACCAAGAAAAGCUGGAGCAGCUCGAUAUCGACUCUGUACUGGCAAAUGCCGAACUGCACCAGACGGAACAGGCAGAGGAAAUUCAGGCCGACGGUGGCGAAGAGUUCCUUAAGGCGUUUGAAUAUGUCGAUAUCAAAGUGGAUGACCUCUCGUGGGAUGACAUCAUCCCUAAAGAACAACUGGAGGUGAUCAAGGCCCAGGAAAAGAAGAAAGAGGAUGAACGUUACUUGGCCGAAGUUAUCGAGCAAAACCGGCCGCGCAAGCGUAAUACUCCUUCAGACGAGAGGGAUUCACGCGAAGAACGGAAAGCCAAGAGACGAGCAAGAGCCCAAGUCAGCAUUGAUAAUGGGGAUGAAUCAGACUCGAACGUCCAGGCGGAUCCGAAACGGCCGCUUAUAGAGAAGGAAUAUCGCCAUCUACUUCGGGCUUUCUUGCGUUACGGGGAUAUAGUAGACCGGGAGGAGGACGUCGUUCGCGAGGCUCGUCUACUGGACCGUGACAGGGAAACUGUCAAAACGGCUCUUCAUGAAAUAACCGACAAAGCAGAGAGCCUAGUGCGAGAGGAUGUUCAGAAGUUAGAAGCGCUUGAGCAAUCCGGAAAAGUGCCCACAAAGAAGGAAAAGAAAGCCGUGCUGUUCGAUCUCCGUGGUGUCAAGCGCCUUAAUGCUUACACCAUCGUUGAACGCCCGGCUGAGAUGCGUAUUCUGAGGGAAGCGAUGGCCGCAGUUGAUGAUAUUAAGAACUUCCGCGUCCCCGAAGCGACCAAGGCUGCCGAUUAUUCUUGCCCAUGGGGCGCGCGAGAGGAUGGGAUGCUCUGUGUCGGUAUCGCACGACAUGGUUAUGGUGCUUGGACCCAGAUACGCGAUGAUCCGGACCUUGGCCUCGGAGACAAGUUCUUCCUCGAGGAGCAUCGGGUGGAGAGAAAGAACGAGCGUCUGAACAAAGACGAUAAGACCACCAAGUCACCGGGGGCUGUGCAUCUCGUUCGCCGAGCCGACUAUCUGCUUUCAGUUCUGAAGGACAAGGUAACGAACGGGUCGAGCGUCACCGCCAAGAGGGCAGUCGAAAACCAUCAUCGCAACAACCGCAAGGGAUCCCGUCAGAACGCCAGCGCCAGCGUUUCCGCCUCUCCUGCCCCUUCGCUUUCUCGCAAAGGUCAUCGCGAUAUCGACCGGCCGAGGCACCGUUCUCACACCCACGGUUCACGGGAUAGCGUCGAACGGCAUCACACUCCCGGUCACGACCGUCCAAGGUCCACACAUGAUAGUGACCGGCCCCGCUACCGGACGUCUGAUGUUUCGACUGAGGAGAACCGUCGUCGGAAGAACAGUGAGAAUGGCCAUUCUGCGGGUAAGGAGGACAUGUCUCGGCUGUUCUUCAAGCCCAUCCGUGACGAUCUCAAGCGGGUCUCGGGUGUUACCAAGGAAAAUAUCCCGAAUAAAGCUGAACGCGCUUCUGAACUUCGGCGUCUGCUUCGACUAAUCGGCGACUUCAUUGAUCGCACCCUCCAGGGAGAAGGGUCUCUGACCUCCCUGGAAACACGUUUAUGGCACUACGUUGCAGAGCACUACUGGCCCAACAAGGAAGCCGCAGGAACCAAACUUCACGAAAUGUACAAAAAGCUCAUGGCAGCCACAAAUGCCGCUUCCAACAGGAAGUAA